AUGAUGAAGUCGCUUUUGACCUAUGCGGCAUUGUCUGCCAUCACGUACAGCUCACCGGCAUCUGCUGAAUCGGUUCAGUACUGUCCAAUAGAAAAUGUAUGCUACCAAGUAGCAGUGCCACAGGCUUCUGCCUCCACCAACGGAGGCAAUAUAUACCUACAGCUCCGCGCGCCGACCUCGUACUCAUGGGUGGCCUUCGGUACGGGAGAUAUGAUGGCCGAGUCCAAUAUCUUCAUCUUAUACACAGACGGGGCAAAUAAUGUGACGAUAUCGGCCCGACAGGGCACAGGCCACUCUAUGCCGCAGUAUAAUUCCAUUGUCCAGCUCGAGCUUCUCGAAGGCAGUGGAGUUUUCAACGAUGGCGCCACCAUGAUCGCCAACGUGCGUUGUGGUAAUUGUGGUGUAUGGCCAGGAGGCACUAUGAGUCUCUCUAGCGACUCGGCGGACUGGAUCGCGGCGUGGAAAGAGGGUGAUGCCAUCGACAGCGAUGACCUGAAUGCCGCAAUCCGAUACCACGAUGCCCACGAUCAAUGGCAAUUUGACUUAACGCAAGGCACAGUGGCCGAUGACACGAAUCCGUUCCUUACGGCGACGCAAUUUGACAACAACAAUAGGGGUGUAGGUAAGGGUAGCUUUGCCGAUCCUAAGACCUUGAUUUUGGGUCAUGGAAUCGUGAUGGCUAUCGUGAUGGUUAUUCUUUACCCUGUGGGUUCAUCACUCAUGCCGUUGCUCGGGAAAUGGGUUCUGCACGCCUCUUGGCAAUUUCUUGCAUUUCUGCUCAUGUGGGCUGGAUUCGGACUGGGCAUUGUUGCUACACAGCGCAUUCAACUUGAUUUCAACUCGAAUCACACCAUCUUAGGCACUGCGGUUGUCUGCUUGAUGGGUUUACAGCCUGUUCUUGGCUGGUUUCACCACAGAAACUUUGUGAAGCAUCAGUCUCGUACCAUCGUAUCCCAUAUCCACAUCUGGUAUGGUCGUGCUCUGAUGAUCUUGGGCAUAAUAAACGGUGGCCUCGGUCUGAUGCUGGCAUGCGCUUCCCAGACUUAUAUAAUCGUUUACUCAGUGCUUUCUGGUGUGAGUUUUAUCAUAUACACCGGCACCGUUGUAUUCGCCGACUUCGUUCAAGAAUUAUACCUUAAAGAACUCAAGGCCUACAAGCCAACACCUAUCAAAGACUCAGACUCAGUUGGCCAAGUCCAAACCUUCAGCGCACCCAAGGCCCCCAAAUCACCCGAAGAGACCGACCUAGCCAGCAGCCUAAAAGAGUACGAGAGCAUGGCCGUCGAGGUCGAGGGUAACGAAGGUGCUACUGCCUCGUCGACGCCUGCUGUCAUUGAGGACUGGCUCGUCGAGGAAGAGGAAGAGGAGGCUGGUGCUCACCACUAG